UGUUGAACAUAUGCCGAGUCCGGGAUUUUGUUGAAAAGAUAAGCGUGACGUGGGGAUUGACGGGUUUUCGACGGUCAGUCUCUGGUGAGUCAGUCGUUUCGAGUCUCUCGAGUUAACUGGGUCGCUGAGAAACUGACGGCGCUUUUUGUAACUACCGUAGGACAUGGCGCGAAUCCUAUUCACUGUCAGGGCCCUGGCCUUGUUCUCAACGAUUCAUAUCGCCAUGGCCGCUGUAUCGCCGCCUGUGACUACCUUUUUCCCGACAAUCGAAGGAAACCUCACGAAAAUCACUUGGGCUCAUGCUGUCAAUAAUUCAACGGAACUUAACAAUGCUCUUGCCAAAGCCGACAUCAUGAUGCUCGAGGCUGACAUCGUUCUCGGUACUCUCAAUGACGACAGCAGCACCGAACAAAUACCUAUAAUGGGACAUCCACCUGCCAAUAAGAGUGACUUAUCGUUGGAGCAAUUUAUCAAUACUGUAGCGGCUAACGGAAAGAAGGGUGUCAAGCUUGACUUUAAAACCACUGAAGUUUUCAAUCAGAGUCUCAGUAUCUUGGCAAAACUUCACAAAAAUAUGACAUUUCCGGUAUGGCUCAAUGCUGACAUUCUUCCUGGGCCAGUUAAUGCUACAGCAAAUCCAGUAGAUGCUCGCAGUUUCUUAACAGGAGCUCAUAAAACUUUCCCUGAGAGUACACUGUCCAUUGGAUGGACCACGAGAUACGGGUCUGCUGAUAAUAUUACGGAAGGUACCUAUACUUCCGGCAUGGUUCAGCGAAUGGUCGACAUUGUCUCCUCCAGUAAUAUUACUCAGUCGAUAACAUACCCAGUGCGCGCUGCUAUAGUCGUUAAUAGUAUAUCGGAAAUGCAGGAUUUAUUGAAUAGAACCUCGGCUAAUAACCCUACAUUGACGAUCUGGACAGGCAAAGGAGACGACAUUGAUACCGACAAACUCUCGACGUUUAUAAAAACUGUAGGUGUCAGUAAGGUCUACAUUGACCUUCCCGAACACAUCAUUGAGAAACUUGACAUAUCAGGCGCAAUGAGUCUCAGACUAGGCGCUAUGACAAUUACAGCACUCGUAUUAAAUUUGGCUAUUGCGAUGGUGCUCUAAGGAGAAUUUUAUAAAGUAUGAACCAAAGAUUGUAAUUCUUGUUCACUCGCGAAUUACGCUUCUCGGAUUCGAUGAUGUCUGACACGCGCGAGGUUUAACAUAGCCCUCUUAUUACGCAACACGUUAAUAUUAAUGACAGCAUCAACCUUCUUUGCAAGCAAAACAAAGAUACCGAGUAUUCUCAAAACUUUUGUCUCUCCAAUUCUCAUUCGCACUAUAUCUUUCUCGCACUACUUUUACCAUUGGCAAAUAGAAUAUCGUGUUUUUUAUAUACAUUUUAUUUCCUUCAAGUAUAGGAUAAUUAAUAUUUAAGUAGUACAGGUGAUUCUUAUUAUUCUUAUUAUUAUUAUUAUUAUCAUCAUCCUUAUUACUAUAUCCAUUGUCACCUGUACAAUCUAUCUUGCGAUCAAUGUAAAUCUAGACUAUAAUAUUAUUUUAAUAAUUUUUAAUGUCUCGUGUAACGGACCUGUUCGGCAAGUAAUAAAGCGAUAUUAUAAAGAAGUCAUUUACCAUACCGACCAGUGUUCGAUAGUCAAAUAAAAGUAAUUUUUAAUAUUAA